AGUCUAUCUUCUCCAUCGUAGUUGUUAGGUUGUAGAGCAGUCAUUUCCAAAACUUUUUGCAUGUUUCGCGUACAUAUAAUCGAUUAAUAGUCACUGAAACCCUUCAAAAAACGAUUAUCAUAUCAUCCAGAUCUUUUAUUCACUACUGUGUUGAUCACUUGGGCACUUGCGGUGUAGUGAAAUGUGUGAAAAUUCCUGUAGAUUGAAUUAUUCGCAGCAAAAGUACCAGCUGUGAGUUUUUCGUGUAAAAAAUGUGUGUGGGUAAACGCCCCUGUGAGCCGUGCAGCUUAUGUUUUAUGUUUCUUAUUUGAAUAUUUGUGUAUAUGUGUUCCGUUCACCGAAUCGAAGAUAGUUCACUUCAAAUGUUGGUAUAUUAAUCGGGCCCCGAAGAGGACGUCCUGGUAUCAUGAUACAAGAAGUGUUCGAAUGCUUUUGAGUGAUUAUUGAUAAGAGCAACAGCUAUAACACGUACUACUAAGAGGAGUCUUAUCAGCAGAUACAGCGUUCUGUGCCACGGUAGUAAUCAUCUAUCGCAUAGUCUAAAGAUUCGCAACACAAUGACUUCGUGUCUUACAGAAGACCCCGAUAAGCUGUUGAACGAAUGGCUUGGGGAGUUGGAGAAUUUGAUUGGAGGUUUGGAAGCACCCAGCGCGACAGUAACAUCGUCUGUAGCCAGAUUACGACCCAAAAGUAACACAUUGGCUGAUCGUACCGACUCCUACCGUUUUUCAAUGGCUAACCUUGAAGAAACACACGAAGCUGAGCUGGAUGCAAUCCUAGGCGAGCUUAGCUUGCUAGAGCAACGGGGUGAUUUGCGCCAAGGUCGAAGCCACAGUCGCACUAACUCGACUAUCUCAGCUGCUACAAAUACGACCAUUUCGUCGGAAAGUGGUUGCAGCAGCGUACCGGAUAGUGGUGCAAGUAUCAGUUCUUUACGUGAACCUCGUACAGACAGUCCGGACAAUGAUUCGGCAUUCAGCGACACGGUAUCACUCAUGUCCAGUGAAUCGUCUGCAUCCAGCAGUGUUAGUUCACAUUUGAAGAGUCUCCAACAGCAGGCCCAGAAUACGACAGACUCUGGAAAGCAAGCAAAGAUUCAUCUUGCAUUGCAAAAACUAGAACAAGCCACAGUCAGGCGACUGUUUGUGAAAGCUUUCUCAGCCGAUGGAGCAUCAAAGUCACUUCUAGUAGAUGCCACGAUGAGUUGUGGUCUUGUCACACGACUCUUGGCGGAUAAAAACCACUUACAGAUGGAGCCAUCUUGGGCCAUAGUAGAGCACUUACCAGAACACCAAAUGGAACGAUUAUUUGAAGAUCAUGAAUUGUUAGUAGACAAUCUAAUGCUUUGGAGUAGAGAUUCCAAAAACCGAGUAAUGUUCCUUCAGCGACCCGACAAAAUAGCUCUCUUCAAAAAACCGGAACUAUUCUUACCGGGAACUCAGAUGGCACCAGGGAGCGAUCAUGAUGAGCAUACACGGUCAAUGCUGCUCGACGAGUUCUUUUCGGGUAAUAAUUUGAUUCCACUGGAAGGACCACUUUAUUUGAAAAGUGACUCUAAGAAAGGUUGGAAAAAGUAUCACUUCGUCCUGCGCGCAUCAGGGCUGCACUACUACCCUAAGGAUCAGAAAACGCGUUCCGCAAAGGAUUUGUUGUGCCUCGCGCUCUUUGCAGGUCACGAAGUAUACCGAGGAAUCGGUUGGAAGAAGAAGCACAAGGCUCCAACAGAUUACACAUUCGCACUACGAUGUCCGAAGGUUCCACCUGGUGCCAAAGGUAUUCGAUCGGUGAAAAUGCUCUGUGCUGAGGAUGCGACAGUGCUAGAGGCAUGGAUCACUGCUAUUAGAGUUACUAAGUACGGCAAAAAGUUGCUGGACAAUCAUCGAUCUUUAACGGAAGAUUUAGCAAGGGAGGAACUCGAUAAACUAUCAACAGCCCGAAGUGGAUCGAUCGGUAGCAUUGUUUCUUCAGUACCUUCACAGUGCAGUAGUAGUAGCAGUAACAGUAGUAGUAGCGGAGUAAAUCGUUUAGUUCCUGUACACAAUAAUGGCCGUUUAUCGCGUGCAUCAAGUUCAAGCUCCAGCGGUUGUCUAUCCGAUGAAAAUAAUGGCUUCGACUCAGAGUUUCCGACUGGUACCAUUAAGAGAAAACCAUCGAUGAAGCCAAAUCUACCACUGACAUCGAUGACUCGACAACUGAAGGAAGUUGGAGAGACAACACGACUGAAUGACACCUCGCCGGCAUCUCCCGAACGAGGAGGUACUUUAACCAGGCGCCACAGCCGUAGAAGAAGUGAGGAAAGCAAUAACAGUGGAACAUUGAAGCGAAGACCUGCCAACAAUCGGGGAUCAGUAGAGAGUAUGAGUUCUUCCACUUCAACUCCUACACCAACUCCCGUAAACAGUGUUCCCGGAACGCCUGUUAAUCAGCAACAGAUGCCAAUACUAGUUAAUAAUAAUAAUAAUUUAACUAUUACCGAGAUCAAUACUCCUCCUACGCCAGCAAAACCGAUAAACGCGCUCGAAGCAAUGCCGGCAUGUAUGACAGAUUCAACAUUCUCACUGCCACCACCUCCAGACGAUCUUGGAACAAAUUUCUCAGGUUCAACAUUAUCGCUGGACUCGCUGCCUCCACCUCCGCCGCCAAACGAAUUAGACAAUAGUUUUAGUGGAUCUCAGUUGUCGUUAGUGAGUGUGCAAAUGCCGCUGCCUCCGCCACCACUGUUGAACAUGCAGUCCGUCGUACAAUCACAAGCUGUCAUUGAAAAUGUGAAGCAGGCAUUGCAAGACAUUGCGAAUGAGGCUCAAUCAAACAGUUCCACAUCACAAGACGUAACUCCAACUAACGAGAAUCUCGAAGUUACUAGUAGCAUUAAACAAUCAAUUAUGAAAUUUAAUAGUCAUACUUUACCAACUCCAGCACCAACUAACUCUAUUAAAAUAGAACCAAUUUAUUCAAAAACUAUGAAACCUUCGGCACUCAAGGCACCUCCAUACAAAGCUCCUCCACCAUACAACGGAGAUGUGGCUGUAAGUCAGUCUCCGCCACCAUCUGUUUCGAACAAGAGUGUCAAGUUUGCCGAUUCUCCAGUGCUCCUCAGGCGCAAAGUUUGCUUUGAGGAUGAAGUUCACGAGGCUCAAUACUCACCACGUAGAACUUCUAGAGACGUUUACUCGACCCCCCCAAUACCGCCUCCAAGAGCGGAAGCCACGCGACUUUCGACCUCGUAUACUUCUCCAAAGCGUUUGAGCGAUUCGGCGUCAAAUCCUCCGAGAGACUUUCUCAAAGACCUGCAAAGGGUAAUGAACAAAAAAUGGCAAAUAUCUCAAAAAUGUAAACUGGAGCCGGCCACAACGCCUCACGAAGUUCUUGGAUUCCGUGAUUUACCGAAUGAAAAUCAUUCAUCUCACUACUACAGGGAAUCGGCUAAUGUUAGCCACUGGGUCCAAGAGCAUUAUGGUUCCGACGCACUAUACGAAAAUCUCGGAAUCAAUUUGGGCAUGGAACCCGUACCAGCAGCACACUUGCAAAGUGCAGGUUCGAUUAAAAAAAGGCCUCCACCGCCUCCUCCAAAGCGAAGUGAGAAGACACAGCUUACAACAACGACGCCACAACAAAGGUUAUAAGAUUGGGCCAUUCUCGGCUUUUCAAACUGUCUGCUGACGGUAAGAAAAACCGUUCGUUGCCAGCGGUUGGAAGGAUCCUCUUGCAAUGUUAGUGAAGUGUAAAUAUAGAAUGAUAUUUGUGUAGAUUGGAAUAGGGAAAUAAGGGGAAAACGGCACUCAAUAGUGUCAUAAGAUGGCUGCAAUAUGAUUGAACCGAGCAAAUUGAGACUGCGUGGGACUAGAAAUAUUUUCAAAAAUGUCAAAUCGAAAACAUUUAAAUAAAUUUAUAAAA